CACCCGCCCCCCAUAUAUAGUAUUUAAAUGCAUUUAUUUCAACCAAAACGCCAUUAAAUUAAGAGAACUACCUAUUUAGGUCUAUCUGGACAUGUCUCUCUUCUAUGUCAUGGGACCCUACAUAUUCCACACCCCCGCGGAGGCCGCGUACGUGGCUGUAAAGGUGGCGAAGGCUGUCUUGAGGCCUCAAUUGGGGCCUCAAUUAGCUCAACAGCCUCCUGAACUAAAAGGCCACCUUCAUGGGGUAUCUUCCUUUUAGACCGUGUACGCUUUUGCUUCUGUUUCUCAUUUGCAGCCUGUAAUUCACUUACUUCUUUCUCAAGAAUAGCAGCUGAUUGCAUGCCAAUUUGGCAUGCUUUAAGAAUCUGACUUAUCGCGGUUGUAAGCGGACUUGGUGGGCUUCUUGAUCUUGUACGGAGCAAUGCAUUAAUUGAUGAGGAUUGCUUUUGUAAUUGCAUGUAGUUUGAAGGUGUUUUUG